ACAUCGUAACUAGCUUAUGGAAAACUAAUGUGAGAAGCGUUUGGCAGGGUUUCUUGUUAUUCUGAUUCACAAUGGAACAAAAAUUCACUAGAAUUUCAAUAACAUGGUCACAUAACUUGAAGCAAAAAUAGAAAAUCAUAGUUCAAUUUAUGACUUUGUCCAACAAGAAGUCUUUAUGUAUGACUCCGUCGUUCAUCUUAAUUACAGAAAUUAAUUAUUUUGGGAUAAAGGCUUUGUUAACGACGUCAGCUAUCUACGUUAUCAAAUUUUAUCAUAUAAUUUUAAAUGAUCUUGGGUCUGCGACAUUUUCAUUUCGUAUUGGUAAAAGCAAUUUUAAUCCACUUUCUUAUAUACUGGAAAUCAAAGUCUUGGCCGAAAGUUAAAUAUCGAUCUUUAUUAAAAAUACAAUGUCAACUGCACAAAUAAAUAAUAUACCUCCCUCCUCGCCAUAACAUACCACCAAUAAACUAGCUACUAUCCAUGAAACAAGACAUCUUUAAAAAAAAUUGCCUGGAAGAGCUGAAUUCAUUCUACUUUGGCUAUAAUGCGCGUUUGCGGUUGCUGUGAACGGGCUCAAGGAAACAUACAAGUAGUUCCAAAGUAAUAGAUGCCCAACAGUAACAAUUAAAUGUAGCCACGUAGAUGCAAAUGCAGCCAUAACACUACUGGAAAAAAAGUAGUUCAUUGCCGCAAUCACCAGAACGUUUUGUGGAGAAGAUUCUUUUCGCUUCUUACGAGGGAUCUAUCUACACUCGCUGGGUGACCGUACUCAAAAGUGGAAAUUCAGAACUAAACAGAGCCAAAUUAUGUGUCAAAAUAACUUCAAUUACUUAAUUUAACCGCAAAUAGCAAAUAAUUCACCCUUUUUAGGCUCAUAAGUUUGAUUCUAGUGUCAGGAAGCUGUCAUCUCGUGCUUCACUUAUAUUAAAGAUUUGGCUCCAUGCAAGCUCAGUGCAGUUAGGAAGAAAGGAAACUCUAAAUUUACUGGCUCAUUUGCAUUUCUUUUUUUUAUUUGGAGAAAAGAUCAAUCUAGGUAUUGUUUACUUUUCUAAGACGUUUCACAAAAGUGUACCGAGAAGACAACCAAAGCUCAACAACAAUUAACAACCAAGAACACGAGUAUACUAUUCUCGAUAUAUCUUAGAACUACGUUUAAUUACACGACUAUACGUCUAGAUAAUAUUUUCCCCAUUCUUUCUGAUAUCAAACAGUAAAGUGAAUUGAACUCCAAUAUCUGCAUGUUAUCAGCACCUCAAUGACCACCUGUUCAAAGACAAUGUCCUUGUUGGUAGUGACAGCUUUUAGCUCUAUUUGUGUACCAAUGACUGUGGACUGAAAAAUCGAAAGUGUUGGUUCCUUUUUGGUAGACUAGUUUCGAGUGAAUCUCUGUUUUAUCGACUGCCAAUAAGUUAUCUUGUGCAUAAAAGACAUCGAGAUGAUCUUGGAUAAGGACAUGAGGAAAUUACUUAUGUUUUCUUGCUUAUUCACAACUUACAUUGUAAUCGGAGCGCUCGUCUUCCAAGCACUCGAAAUAAGCAACGAGAUCAAGGAGAGAUCUUUAUUAAGCGCAACGCGAAAAAUCCUUAACGAGAAGUACAACAUUACCGACGAGGAUUGGUACAAACUGGAAAGCCUUUUGAAGCACAGGCACAGUUUGGAUUCAAACACCAUGUGGAGUUUUGGGAACGCGUUCAUUUUUGCGGGAAGUGUCGUCACAACAGUGGGUUACGGCAACAUUGUUCCUCGGACGGCAAACGGUCGCCUCUUCUGCAUAUUCUACGCAUUGGUUGGUAUACCGCUGACCUGUCUGACUUUAAAAACUAUCGGAGAAAAGCUUCGUGACGUCAUCACUUCUUUAAUUCAAAAUAUUAAGAAAAAAAUUGACGGAUCAAACGAGGAGAACGUGCGAAAGGGAAUCGUUCUUGGUAUCAACGUUUUCCUCUGGCUCGUAACACUCCUUCUGCUUUCUGUCUUAGCAAUUUGGAGACGUGGUUGGACAAUGCUUGAGAGCUUUUACUUUUGUUUCAUAACUUUCAGUACUAUUGGUUUUGGAGACUAUGUGGCAUUCGAUGAAAACGAGGCAAAUACGUUCGCAGAUUACUUUAUUAUUUUUCUUGGCGUUGUCCUGGGGUUUGCCGCGACAUCGACUGUUUUGUUUUCCUUCAGUUCUUUGAUGGAGGAUAAAUCUCACCAAACUAGACUCUUAGAGUCCUUUCGCGUGUUCAAAAAGCGACUGACGGCGAGUAAAAGAAUUACCGUUGCUAAAGCUUUGAAUCCAAGAGAGAAAAAAGAAGGGGAGGAACUGACUAAAACUGAAGCUACAGUUAAAGAAAACAAGUGAAGAGUAAUAGAUGACAAAGCAAAAGUAGGCAAUGACUGGCCUUGGCUACGGCGCACUUCUCCAGCACAUGUGGCAGAAUGGUUGAAGACGAAAAGUUGAACCAAGUGUGUAAAGUUCAACAAAUCAUUCAGAAGCUUGCCUGAUUUUUUGGAAUAAUUGCCCGUAAAUAGUGCGAAGGAUAGUCACGGUUUUCAGGAAUAUUUCUGACCGACUGCCUUGGUGUCUAAGACGAUCUACAGUCUACUUACUCUGCGUUAUCUUUUUGAACUGUAAUCACAUUUUAAGAACUUAAAGGGUCCUAGUCACCCACACCUCUGUUUUUGUUUACACGCAAGAGUUUGCCUAUG